CCUGCUUUGGUUUGUACAAUCACCCAAUCAGCCCUGGACCCACCAUUUCGACCACCUGGAACGACGAUAAGCACAAAAUGCCAGGCUGUGGAGUUUCCUCUACGCUAUUUGUUGCGCAAAUACGUACCGCUUACGACAGUCUUUGAGGCCCCGCGGGAAAUGAUUUCUCAGGCCGAUAACCGGCAUCUGGUGUCCAAAAUGGGGCACGCGGUGUCGGAAGCUAUGGACCGACGACGCGGAAGGUCUAGAGGGGCAGAAGUCUUUUCGACGACGAAGCUGCGACCGCAUUCUUCUAGAGCACCUGUCGACGCAAUGGGUGAGAUCAGGAAGUACACGAUUAUAGAGCCCUGGCUCAAGCUCUCCUGUGGGUUGGGCGAGGCGCCUUUCUGGGAAGAGAAGACGAAUACGCUACGCUUUGUCGACAUCAUCAAACAAGAACUACAUACCGUCGACCUCGCCAAAGGGUCCGCAUCGCAUAAGGUCGCGGCAUCUCUAGAUGUCUCGAUCGGGGUGACGGGCGAUAUCGAGGGCAAUGACAAGGAUUUGAUAUUUGGUGGAAAGCAUGGCUAUGGCAUCUUUGAUCGCGAGACGGCGUCGUACAAAUACAUUAAGAAGGUAUGGAGUGAGAAGGAGCUGAAGGAUGGUAAGGAUAAGCGCAUGCGGGCGAAUGAUGGGGCGAUUGAUAGUCGAGGGAGGUUCUGGGUGGGGUUCAUGGAUGACCCUCUGGUCAAAGAUCCUAUUGAUGAAGGUGUUUUGUUCCGCCUCGACCCAGACAUGUCCCUCCACCGCAUCCUCGAAGGCGUCACGAUCCCAAAUGGCACUACCUGGAGCGCUGACGACAAACACAUGUACUUCACCGACUCGCCCACAAGGAAUAUUUAUAUUUUCGAUUUUGAUGCGGAGACCGGCGCCAUCUCGAAUCGCCGCGUUUUUUUCAGAUGGGCUGAGAACCUGGAUGCGGAACCAGACGGUCACUGCAUCGACGAAGAGGGUUACAUGUGGAGUGCUUUCCACGGCUCGGGUAAGGUGCUCAGGAUAUCUCCUGAAGGCAAAGUCGCCGUAGAAAUUACAUGCCCAACACCUAACGUCACGUGCCCUGCUUUCGUUGGCGAGGACCUCGUCAUCACAUCAGCAGGAGGCGACGAGAACCCGGAUACGAUGGCUGGAUGCGUGUUCAAGAUCCAUGUUGGCGUGAAGGGCCUGAAGAAGUUUAGGUGGAAGUCCGGUACGGAGACAGUUUAGAGUUUGUUGAUGGAGGAGUCGGAACCCUUCGCUUUGUAGACGAGGUUCGAUCUUCGACAUGGUAUUUAUUUCAUCCCACACAUGCAUGGUUAGGGUAUGCUUAUCAUCACGAUGUGCUUGUCGUCGGGGUGAGCUUGUCGUCACGUUCUACACUAGCAUCAUCGCUGCUGUUUUCACGACAAAUGACUUAGAAACAGCAUGACGCGCAUGAAUAGCCAACAAGCCUCCAUACAGACGUUAACAUGGAUGAUCGAUGACUUUAUAGGUUUUAACAAGGAAAGUAGCAACAGUAAAUGGACGGAUGACUCUCCCUACCAUCUAAUACACGAUAUCUUCCGCGUGUCCCAAGGAUGUCUGGACAGAAGUCUUGGUGCACUGGCUGGCCGCAUUUCCAGCAGCUUCCCUGCACUACUAGGAAACCACAUCACAUAUACAAGUCUAUACAAC